AGAGUAGAAUAAAAGCUGGAGACUUCUCUCUCAAAAGACUAAGUGUAGUCUUGGUGCUUCGGCACAGAGCGUUUGAGAUAAUACUCUGGAGACGCUCAUAUCUGCUACCACCUAUCCAUAAAAAACUAUACACCAACAAUUAACACCACAAAGAAUUCUCCAACACCAUUUUCAACAAUCAUAAGCAAUCAGCCUCCCUCGCACCACACCAUCAUGGGGACGUUCAGUAGCAAGGAGUUGCAUCAAUCAACCUAAGCAACGAUCAGGUAUGUCGGAUAACCCCAGUAGCAGUAACAGUCACUUUGAUUAUUUAAGUAAAAAUGAGGAAGAAAAUUAUUUUCUAGAUGGAAUAUUAAAUGUCAAGAAAAUUAAGGAAGAAACUAAUUUUACCUUAUCAGAAACGCAAAAUUUUAUUACUAAGUCUUUUUUAUCCAAACUAUUUGAUAGAAAAAAUAUAAUUAAAUAUGGAAAAAUGAUAGGAGAAACGGAAGUACCAAUAGAACAAACUAAGGGAGAUUUCCUAAUUCAAAUAAUAAAUAGGGGAAAAAUUAGGAAAAAAUUAUCCAAGUUACAACAGGAAGAAAGAAAUAAAAUAGCUUAUAUUCACAUUAGCACGAUACAAAUCAUUCUAAAAUCUACUAUGAAAACAGGGAUAAGUGCACCUAUAGAACUAGAAAUAAGAGAUGAUCGACUCAUCAAUAGAGAAGAGAGUAUUAUUGCAAAAGGAAAAGGAAAUCUAGGAGUAGGAAUAAUCAAAUUCGAUAUUAAUCUACAACAAGGAAUUAGUUUAACAGAUGGGAAUCUCGACUCUUCCAUUAUUAUAAAGUAUGAAUUGAAAAGAAAAAAUUUCAUGAAAGAAAACAGUAAACCUUUUUCGGUAACAUACCAAAUAAACUAUGCACUGACCAAUAGUCAUCAUAGUCUAGCGUUUAAAGAUAAGGAAGCCAUCACCAUAGAAGAUUUAUUCAAACCAUUAAUUCAAUUAGAAUCCCCUCUAAAAAUAAUAAAAUCAAAUUAUGAUCAUCCAAGAAUAAGUAUAGAUGAGAGAAGUUCUUCCAUGAGAUUAACCGAUAAGCAGAAGGAAAUGGAGAAAGAAGAAAACAAGGAAAUAAAAAACAUAACUAUACUUCAUCAAAAUGAUAAUACUAGUGAAAUAAAAAAGUUACAAGAACUAAUCGUAGAAAUGAGUGAAAAAUUGUAAAGAUGCCUAACACUCAUUACAUAAAUAAAUUGAUAGAAGGAAUAGAUGCAAUAGACCUUACAUCAGUAGGCGACAUUAGGACUUUGCUACAGUGACAUGCACUUUUCGGUCGACCUCAUAUAGGAUCAGGUCGACCUAAUCAGUUGUUUCAGUGUAAAAACAGUUUCAUGGUGCCUACUUUGGAGAUUCAUAUCUUACAAUUGGCUAGAUGGAAAUUAGAGAUUAAAGGCUUGUUUUGAAGCUGAAGUGUCCAUCGACACAUUAAAGUACUUGGGAGCUCAAUAGAAAGUCCAGAAGACCUUUUUUGAAUCUGACCAAAAGGCUAUGCCAAAAUUGGGAAACUUCCUGAAAAUGGCUAAGUCUGGCAACGUGUUUGUCAAGCCUACUUUGGAGCUCAAUUUGAGAAUCAUGGAUGCGAUUCAAGUCCAGGGGCCUCUACCACGUUAAAUUACGUAUUUUUUUAUACAAAGGCAAGGCAUUGGAUGAAAGAUUCAAUAUCUUUAAGGCUUCAAACAAAAGGCUCGAAGUUGCUACGAAGGCUGUUUUUCUGGCAGCUUGCUUGUGCUCAAAGUCUGCCAGAAAAACAGCCUUCUUAGCAACUUCGACCCUUUUGUUUGAAGCCUUAAAGAUAUCCAAUCAUUUAUCCAAUUCCUUGAAUUUGUAUAAAAACAUACCUAAUUUAACGUGGUAGAGGCUCCUGGACUCGACUCGCAUUCAUGCUUCUCGAAUUGAGCUCAAAAAUAGACUUCACAAACACGUUUCCAGACUUAGCCAUUUCUAGGCAGUUUCCCAGUUUUGGCAUAGCCUUUUGAUGAGGUUCAAAAAUGGUCUUCUGGACUUCCUAUCGAGCUAUCAAUCACUUCAAUAUGUAGAGGGACACUCCAGCUUCAAAACAAGUCAUUAGUCUUCAAUUUCCAUCUAGCCAAUUGUAUGAUAUGAAUAUCCAAAGUAAGCACCGUGAACUGUUUUUACACUGAAACAACAGAUUAGGUCGACCGGAUCCUAUAUGAGGUCGACCGAAUCCUAAAUGAGGUCGACCGGAUCCUAUAUGAGGUCGACCGAAUUCUAAAUGAGGUCGACCUAAUCCUAGCUGAGGUCGACCGGAAAGUGCAAGUCACUGUGACAUGCAUGUCACCGUAGGCACACCCGCGACAUUAAUACGGUUACGUUAGAAUUAUCUCACUUCGUAUCAGAUAUUGUAGAAGAACAAAUGUCUAUCGGAAAUUCAGAAACAUUAGAGGAAGCUGUAUCUAAAACUGAAUUAAUUACCGAUAUAAUAACUAGUCUAAACAAAAUAAAGCAGAAACUAGAAAAUAGAUAAACCAAAAACAACAAAAUGAAAAUUAACCACUUUUAUUUGGGCCAUUCCAUGAAAGAAAAAGAAAGAAUGAGACUUGUUGCAUAAAACAAGGAAAAGAAAGAAUGAUUAGACUCUUUAGUAGGCUUUUUAAAAUAAAGAGACGAUUGAGACUUCUCAAAAAACAAGAUAUGAAACACAGAAACUUAGGAAAUUGGAACCGUAGAACUAUUGGUGUCAGAGCUAAAAUGGGAAAAGACCAAAAAGUGCAACCCGCUUCAACCCGACGGGUUCACUUUGACACCUAUACUCUUACAUGUUGUUAAAAAAAAAUACAAGUAAAUUUUACUUUUUACAAUAAAAUGUAGGGAAAAACACUUUAAGAAUGAAAAAUAUUGAUAAUAGAAUGGAUAAUUGAGCCUUACAAGUUGAAAGAUUGACUCUAACUAGUUGAAGAAAAGUCAAAAUAGGAGAAAUAUAUAGAUAUUGUAAGAAAUUGAAAUAAAAUGAGUAAAAAACGGGGCGGAGCAGGGCGGGUUGAAAGUAGAUACCCAUGUCCCGCCCCACACUACUGCGGGUCGGGUAAUACCCACCCCAUUGCAGGUCAGAUUGGAUAAUACCCGCGGGGCGGGUUGAAAUUGUCAUCACUAGCUGAGAGGAACGGAUGAUAUGCUACUGCUAGCUAUUUCAAUUUCCCGUCGUUUUGUUCUUCCUUUUCGCUGUUCUAAUCUGUAGAACCUUUCAAUCGCAUAUCUAUUUUUGUUACAUGGGAUUAUCAGAGAAAGUUUCGAAUUCUCUGUUGAUUGUGGAUGGAUAUAGAUAGAGAUCAGGGGUCUUGCUCAUACAUCGAUUAUUUUCGUUCUGCAGUGCAAUAUACUCUCAACUCUAGCCCCUGCCUCUCCCUGGGUGAAGAGCUUUGUGUGGUGGUAUACCUCAUAAUCCAAUCUAGGCAAGUUUCAAUUCGCCUUGGUAAUUGAGAAACCAGCAGGUAGAUGUGAAUGAGAUUGAAGCAAAAUGGUUCCAUGAUGAAGCCAGCCUUUGCUGCAGCAAUAAGGGAAGAGGCUAGAUGGGCUGCUGACAUUGCAGAAGGGAGAGAGGUUCUCUUUGAACCCAAAAGAGCCAUCGAAAAGAGACUUGAACCGAUUAUUGAAUUCGUGGGGAUCAGGUCUGAGUGGAGGGUUCCAUGGGCAGCAUGGAUUUGCGAAGGGAUUGGCUCGCUAGAAAUAGAUUUAUGGUAGAGAAAGGAUUCAAACCCGUGAAAAGAUGUUGUCAUGGGGAUAUUCUGGUCCUCCUAACUGUGUUUUUUGUGAUCAUGGGAUGGAAUCUAUGGAUAAUCUUCUUGCAGGUUGUCCUGUGUAUCGAGAACUAUUUACAAAGCUGACUGACAAGGUUUUCUAUCGUCCCUUUGGUUCUUCAUGGAGGCAGGAGCUGGACUGGGCACUUCAGACAUUUAAAGGGUCAUCUCCCACUACUGAAGCAGGAACACUGAUUUGGUUCUGACUAUUGAGUAACCUUUGGCGAGAACGUUGCUGAAGGACAUAUGUUGGAGACUCCAUGGAGAUUGAUAGAUUGGUUAAAGUUAAACUGAUUAAAACGGAAGUACAGGUUGUGAUUCAGGAACAUGUUUUGCAGAGAUUUCUGUGGUAUUGGUUUGUUGGUUUUAGUCCGGGUCAAUGCAGUCAAAAGCGCGAUUCUACCUAGAAGCGGAAAAGGGAUAAAAUCGUAAAGCGUAGAAUCAAAGCGUAAAACCGUA